AAGAGGCAGAAAGAAGGGGGCGAGCGGCGCGCGCUGGCGCCGAAAUGGGAGAAAGGAGCGAGUGAAAGGGGAGGGGCGCCGGGCGAGCGCGGAGGAGCCGAGUGGCCCCUGGGGCUCCGCGGCCGGCGCGCAUGGCAGGCCCCGCGCGGUGAUCUUCGCGGGGCGGAAGAGCAGCGCGCAGCUUCCACGAGUCCCGGGCCGAUGUCCCAGGUGAGUGGCCAGCGUCCCCCUCACUGCGACGCGCCUCAUGGAGCCCCCAGCGCAGCCCCGGACCCAGCCCAGACCACAUCCCUCCUGCCUGGGCUGGAGGUAGUGACAGGACCUGCUCAUCCUGUGGAGGCAGCGCUAGAGGAGGGCUCCCUGGAGGAGGCGGCACCCCCCAUGCCCCAAGGCAAUGGCCCUGGGAUCUCCCAGGCCCUGGACAGCACUGACCUCGAUGUCCCCAUAGAAGCUGUGACACGCCAGCCUCAGGGGAAUCCCUUGAGCUGCACCCCACUAGUGGCGAAUGGCUCUGGCCACCCCUCAGAGCUGGGCGGUGCCAGGCGGACGGGGAACGGUGCCCUGGGUGGCCCCAAGGUCCACCGGAAGCUGCAGACACACCCGUCCCUCGCCAGCCAGGGCAGCAAGAAGAGCAAGGGCAGUACCAAGUCCGCUGCCUCCCAGAUCCCUCUCCAGGCGCAGGAAGACUGUUGCGUCCACUGCAUCCUAUCCUGCCUGUUCUGCGAGUUCCUGACGCUGUGCAACAUCGUCCUGGACUGCGCCACGUGCGGCUCCUGCAGCUCGGAGGACUCGUGCCUCUGCUGCUGCUGCUGCGGCUCCGGCGAGUGCGCUGACUGCGACCUGCCCUGCGACCUGGACUGUGGCAUCCUGGACGCCUGCUGUGAGUCGGCCGACUGCCUGGAGAUCUGCAUGGAGUGCUGCGGGCUCUGCUUCUCCUCCUGACCCCCCUCCCCUAGGCGCCCCCCCUCCACCCAGGGCCCUCCCAGACCCCAGCCCAGUGACAGGGGUUGUGGGGGGGUGCCUGUCCUCCUCGCUGGUUUCCAAGGACAACAGCACGGAGGACCUGGGCAGGGGUGGGAUUGGAGGACCAGUCCUGGAUCAGCUGCCAGGGCUGCGGAACACUGUGAAAGUUGGGGGGGCGGGGCAGGGACACGGGGGGAGGCUUGGACGAGGGGCUGUGUCUACCUCUCACUGCCCCUGUGCCUGCCUCCCAUCACCCCCACCACCACCACCAGGCUUAGAGGACAGCAAAAUGUGAAAAGAGACACCCCACCCGACCUCAGCCAAGCACCUCCCCAGGCUCCUCCCUGACCCGGACUGGGACCCAGAGGGCGGGGCUGGGCUUGGGCUCGGGGCAGGGUGGGAUGGGAUGGGGUGGGGUGGGUGGGAACCGGUAUAGAAAAGACUGGAGGAGUUCCCAUCGUGGCGCAGCGGAAAUGAACCCAACUAGUACCCACCCGUGAGGAUGUGGGUUCGAUCCCUGGCCUUGCUCAGUGGGUUAAGGAUCUGGCAUUGCUGUGGCUGUGGUGCAGGCCGGCAGCUGCCGCUCUGAUUCAACCCCUAGCCUGGGAACUUCCAUAUGCUGCAAGUGCAGCCCUA